CACAGUAUAUCUUGUAGUGCUUUAAUUCUAGUGGGUUGCCAAAUUCUCGCCUAGACGGACACCUGGGCAUCAUGGUUGUCCACUAGCUUCGUGCCUUGCCUUGGCGCCGUGAUAACUACCACAAAUGGCACAUGGGUAUUCUAGUGAGGAUGUUCAAAUAGUUAUUGAGAGUAUGGCUUCACAAGGGAAGGAGUCUACAUUUUGCAUGGGAGAUGAUAUACCUUUGGCUGUUUUAUCUUCAAAGCCUCAUAUGCUAUUUGAUUAUUUCAAGCAGAGGUUUGCUCAGGUAACAAAUCCUGCUAUUGAUCCUUUAAGAGAGGGACUAGUUAUGUCUCUUGAAGUUCAUCUUGGGAAGCGAGGGAACAUACUAGAGGCUGGACCUGAAAAUGCCUCCCAGGUUAAUUUGUCAAGUCCUGUUCUUAAUGAAGGAGAUUUAGAAUCUCUUUUGAAAGAUCCACUCUUGAAGCCUCAAGUAUUACCCACAUUUUUUAAUGUUGGAAAAGGAGUAUAUGGUUCCUUGGAAAAAAGUCUGUACAAACUUUGUGAAGCAGCAGAUGAAGCUGUUAGAAAUGGUUCUCAAUUGCUUGUUCUCUCUGACAGAGCUGAUGACCUGGAAGCUACACGGCCUGCUAUUCCCAUGCUUCUUGCUGUAGGUGCAGUUCACCAGCACCUUAUUCAGAAUGGCCUGCGUGUGGCUGCUUCAAUUGUUGUUGAUACUGCUCAGUGCUUCAGCACUCAUCAGUUUGCUUGUUUGAUCGGAUAUGGUGCAAGUGCUAUAUGCCCAUACUUGGCAUUGGAGACAUGUCGACAAUGGCGCUUGAGCAAUAAAACAGUAAAUCUGAUGCGUAACGGGAAGAUGCCCACUGUUACUAUUGAACAAGCUCAAAAAAACUUCUGUAAGGCUAUAAAAUCUGGGCUUCUCAAGAUUCUUUCCAAAAUGGGAAUUUCACUGCUUUCAAGUUAUUGCGGAGCACAAAUUUUUGAAAUAUAUGGACUGGGAAAGGAUGUCGUCGAUAUUGCAUUUUGUGGGAGUAAAUCAAGUAUUGGUGGCUUGACUUUGGAUGAGUUGGCAAGAGAGACCUUGUCGUUUUGGAUUAAGGCAUUCUCUGAAGAUACUGCAAAAAGGCUUGAAAAUUAUGGGUUCAUACAGUUCAGACCAGGAGGGGAAUAUCAUGGAAAUAAUCCAGAGAUGUCAAAACUGCUCCAUAAAGCUGUCCGUCAAAAAAGUGAAAGUGCCUAUUCAAUUUAUCAGCAGUAUUUGGCAAAUCGACCUGUAAAUGUUAUUCGGGACCUUCUGGAACUGAAAAGCAAUCGCUCCCCUAUUCCGGUUGGGAGGGUUGAACCUGCUUCAUCAAUUGUGAAGCGAUUUUGCACGGGUGGUAUGUCGCUUGGAGCUAUAUCUAGGGAAACCCAUGAAGCAAUUGCGAUUGCAAUGAAUAGGAUAGGUGGAAAAUCAAAUUCGGGAGAGGGUGGAGAGGAUCCAAUCCGCUGGAAGCCGCUCACUGAUGUUGUUGAUGGGUACUCUUCGACACUUCCACACCUCAGAGGCCUUCAAAAUGGAGAUACUGCAACUAGUGCUAUAAAACAGGUUGCUUCUGGCCGCUUUGGUGUCACCCCAACAUUUUUAGCAAAUGCCGACCAGUUAGAAAUCAAAAUUGCACAAGGAGCGAAACCCGGGGAAGGUGGUCAAUUGCCUGGGAAAAAAGUCAGUGCCUACAUUGCAGGACUAAGAAAGUCAAAACCCGGUGUCCCUCUGAUAUCUCCACCACCACACCAUGACAUUUAUUCUAUUGAGGAUCUAGCGCAGUUGAUUUAUGACCUUCAUCAGGUUAACCCUAAAGCCAAAGUUUCAGUAAAACUUGUGGCAGAAGCUGGUAUUGGCACAGUGGCUUCUGGGGUUGCAAAGGGUAACGCUGACAUCAUCCAGAUAUCAGGACAUGAUGGAGGGACUGGGGCAAGCCCAGUUAGUUCAAUAAAACAUGCUGGUGGUCCCUGGGAGCUUGGACUCACAGAAACACACCAGACGCUUAUUGAAAAUGGUCUGAGAGAGAGAGUUGUUCUUAGAGUUGAUGGUGGCUUUAAAAGUGGAUUUGAUGUUGUGAUGGCUGCAGCAAUGGGAGCUGAUGAGUAUGGAUUUGGUUCUGUAGCAAUGAUUGCCACUGGUUGUGUAAUGGCCCGCAUUUGUCACACAAACAAUUGUCCAGUGGGUGUUGCAAGCCAGAGAGAAGAAUUGCGAGCUCGAUUUCCGGGUGUACCCGGUGACCUUGUGAAUUUCUUCCUAUAUGUUGCUGAGGAGGUAAGAGGGAUGCUAGCACAAUUGGGCUAUGAAAAGCUAGAUGACAUAGUAGGACGGAGAGAACUAUUAAGACCCCGAGGCAUCUCUGUAAUGAAGACUCAGCAUAUUGACCUCAGCUACAUACUUUCUGAUGUUGAUAUACCCAAAUGGAGCAGUACCAUGAUACGAAACCAGGAGGUUCAUGGUAAUGGUCCUGUUUUGGAUGAAGUUUUACUCUCAGACCCACAGUUAUCUGAUGCAAUUGAGAAUGAGAAGGUGGUCAACAAAACAAUACAAAUUUAUAACACAGACCGUGCUGUUUGUGGCCGUUUUGCUGGUGUUAUUGCGAAGAAGUAUGGUGACGCUGGUUUUGCUGGGCAGCUUAAUCUAACAUUCACAGGGAGUGCUGGGCAGUCGUUUGGUUGUUUUUUGACACCUGGAAUGAACAUCCGUCUUGUAGGAGAAGCAAAUGACUACGUGGGGAAGGGUAUGGCUGGAGGAGAACUAGUUGUGACCCCUGUUGAGAAUACUGGGUUUUGUCCAGAGGAGGCUACUAUAGUAGGUAACACAUGUUUGUAUGGAGCGACCGGCGGACAGAUGUUUGUACGGGGUAAAGCAGGGGAGCGUUUUGCAGUAAGAAACUCUCUUGCUCAAGCAGUUGUGGAAGGCACUGGAGACCAUUGCUGUGAGUACAUGACAGGGGGGUGUGUUGUCGUGCUUGGAAAAGUGGGCAGAAAUGUGGCGGCAGGUAUGACCGGAGGUCUGGCAUACAUUCUCGAUGAGGAUGAUACACUUAUCCCCAAGGUAAACAAGGAAAUUGUAAAGAUUCAGAGAGUAUUGGCUCCUGUGGGGCAGACGCUGCUAAAGAGCCUCAUUGAAGCCCAUGUGGAAAAAACUGGGAGUAGCAAAGGCUUUGCAGUUCUGAAAGAUUGGGAUAAAUAUUUGCCACUCUUUUGGCAGCUCGUCCCGCCUAGCGAAGAAGACACGCCAGAAGCAUGUACCGAGUAUGGGCAGGUCAGUUUUCAGCCUGCAUUUGAGGGGGAGACGAAAAGGACAUAAAGAUUUUAAAAAAUUGUAUCAUUUUUUAAUCUUGAAAAAAAAAGAAAUAAAAAGGAAUAAUCAAAGUUGAUGUGAGGCCCAAGGCAGAAGAUUUUGAGUCUUCUGCACAGAAAACAUUGCUCCCAUCUUUAAAAUGUUUCCUUUGUCCCAUAAUUUUCUCCUUAGUUUGACUUGACAUGAUUUCUAAUAAAGUAGAAUGUGUAUAACUAUGGUUUGUGAAGAGAAAAGAGAAAUGUCAUAGACCCCAUAUUUUUUUUCUCUAAAAGGAAAGAUAAAAUUUUUUAGACAACCUAAAUAGGAAAAUAGAAAGAUAUUUAUAGG